AUGCCGUCGGACAGCGAGACGGUCGGCGCCAAGGACGAGGUGCCCCCGGUGGCAGUGGCUCCCGGGUCUGAUGCGCACUCAGAAGAAGGAGAGGCCAGUGAAGGCGAUAGCUCCGGAGGCAAGAGCCACGGCAGACCUCACUCGGCCGACACAUCACCACGAGAAUCACACUCAGCUGCAGACCACGGCGACGCACCGCCAUUACCCGACGAACCGCUCCCAGGCCAAAGUUCUACACAAGAGCAAGCCCACAGCGGCGCAAGCGACGGGGACGCCCCCCCUCUACCGACCGAGGCACCUCCUCAGCAGGAAGACGAUGGCUGGGAUGCGAUGUGGGACGCCGCGAGACAGGCGUGGUAUUUCUACAAUAGAUUUACGGGCCUGUCACAAUGGGACAACCCACGAGUCCAGACCGCAACAGCCUCCGCCCAACCGUCAUCUUCCACCGCCGCGACAGCAACAAUAUCACAGCCCUCCUCCGUAGCAGGUGGCUACAACCCCGCGAUCCACGGGUCCUGGGACCCCAAUGCGCCCUACGCGCAGGCCUACAAGCAAGCCGACGCAGCGGACGAAGACACCGCCGCCGCGCCGUACACCGCAGCAGCAGGAGGAGAGAUGGGACUGGAGGGCGCAGACCCCUACGCGCAGGCGGCGGCGUUCAACAGCCGGACGGGUCGGUUCCAGGCGGCGGACAUGAACCCGGACCACUUCUCGGACGCGGCCAAGUCGCAGCGGCAGAUGAACGCCUACUUCGACGUGGACCGCGCCGCCAACUCUCACGACGGGCGCAGCCUCAAGGCCGAGAGGAGGGGCAAGCAGCCCACCAAGAAGGAGCUGGCGCAGUGGAAGGAGAAGAGGAAGGCCAGGAAGGAGGAGAAGAGGCGGGCGUGGCUGAGGGACUAG